UCCUGCUGGGGGCGCUGUUCGCUUCACUGUCAGGACUUAUGUGUCUUUGUAGUUUCCUCUGGCAUUCCAAAAAAAAGAAAGCGACAAAAGAGCGAAGAGAGAGUCAAACCUCGAAGGUCGAAGCUGAGGGCCAUGGCUCGUGGGCAGCAGAAGAUUCAGUCCCAGCAGAAGAACGCCAAGAAGGCAGCGGAGAAGAAGAAAUCUCAGGGCGCUGACCAGAAGACUGCAGCUAAGGCUGCUCUGGUCCACACCUGCCCUGUCUGCCGGACUCAGAUGCCUGAUCCCAAGACUUUCAAGCAGCACUUUGAGAGCAAACAUCCCAAGUCCCCCAUGCCUCCUGAGCUGGCAGAUGUUCAGGCAUAGGCAACUGCAGACUGGAUUGGACCUGAACCUAGAUACACAAUGACCACGGACUAAACGUUGAAUCGCGGCGGCUGAAGGAUGUCGAUGAUGAACACUGGGACCCGUCAGUAUUCACGGACAGCGGGUUGGAAAGGAGGGAGGGGGCGGGUGUGUGUAUGUGCUGUGUACGUACGUGUGUGUUUGCAUAAGAGAAAACAGUAAUGAUGGGGCAGUAGUACACCAGCAGCCCAUUUUUUAUAUUUAUUGUGUACAACUACCUUACUAUUCCAGACUGGGGAGGGAGGGAGGUUUCCCAGAAAGCAGAACCGGCAAGAUUGCCUGCUAACACUGAAUAAAAUGAUCUUGCGACUAAUCAUGGGGAGAGUUGACAAGUCUGAAAAAGCUACAAUGGGAAUGUGUGGCUAGCUAACAGCUGGUUGUUAAACACUGUGUCAUCCAGGGCAAUAGAUGGCACAUUCAAAACCCUGACUAUAGAUUUCAUCACUCAUCCACAGCGGACAUGGCACUGCUCUUGGGUUAAAACUCCAAUCAUUUUAAUUUUCUUUUGCUUGAGCAGAGGGUAUUCACAUGAUCUGUGCUUUGCCCUCCACAAGAGAUUAAAAUGAGGUGUUUUUUUAAUGAAUUGGCUUCUUAAAAUGACUAAAAUCCCAUUAUGUAACUGCAGAAUUUAUGGGUGUUGGUUGUUGAAAUGCAGGAUGUUAAUUCCUUAAACUAUUUUCUUGAGAUUGAUGGUUAUAGACUUAGACGGACUUUAUUGAUCCCUUUGGGAAUAAGAGCGACAGACUCUACAGCUUUGCCUCCUCUGUGCUGCUGCUCCACAGGUGUCCUCACUCAGUAACACCUUACAACAGUACCUCAUGUUAGACCACACAGCAACUCUCAUAGUAUGUUUUUUUUUCUUUUUUUACUCCCCCAUAUUCCUUUACUUCUGAUCAUUUCCAUGUCGCCCUCCUCGGGCACGUUUCCCUAAAUAAUCUUGGCAAUAAACACUGUCUUUGUCCCACUUGAGUUAAACCAGGAUAAGAUUUGUUUUUGAAAACCGAGUGCUAACUUCGUUCUAAACCCCAUACAGUUUCAGUGCACAUUGACGCUUUCAGCUGUAGUUUGAAUAAAUUGUAAGCAGCCCCAAGGACUGAAAAGUUAGAUUUGAUUCAGUAACUGCCAAAAUGAUUAUUCACUUCUUUUUGGUUCUUCAUAUGUUCACUAGUAGGCAGAAACUUCACAAAUUUGCUUUCACUGUACUUUUUUUUUUUUUUUUUUUUUUUACCCUUUUCAAUAAAUUGAACAAUGUAUUUAAUGUGA